AUGAAGAACUUCGCAAUUCUUUUCCUUCUCCUCGCCCCCGUUUGGACCGUCGCACCGACCACCCACGCGUCGCGUGUUUUAAAGGCCGCCACGCCAGAAUCGUGGGAUUCGCCCCCGGCGGUGGUAGUGGGGAUCAACUAUCUGCCGGCUCGUGCGCGAAGAGAGCUCGCGACAACGAACACGGCUGUCGGAGGCUCAUUUGGCGACAUUAGCGAAAAUCUCAGCAGUAGUGGUAACGCGGCCCCGACGACAACUCGCACGCGACGAGUUCUAGCGGGCGACUACUUUUACGAGGAAGAAGAUAGCGACAACAGCGGCGGAUCGAACGGCGGCGACUACUCGGGUGGCGCGUGGGAACCUCCGAAACCUCAAUGGGGAUAUGUUGGCUCGACGGAUACGGGCGGAAGCACGGAACCCUGGAUGGGCGAGGACUCGGUUCCAACUGACAGCUCGUCUUCAACAGACUCUGAUGCUGGCGGCGAGGAAAGCGGUGGGGAAAGCGGCGGGGAGAGCGGCGGCGAAAGCGGGGGCGAUUCGAGCUGGCAAGACGAGCCAUUAACCAGCGAUUUCAGUGACGGCGACAGCGGCGAGGAAAGCGGCGGUAACGGCGGGACCUGGGACGACUUGUGGAGCAAGUGGGGAUGGGGUUCGUCAGACGAGCCGGAUACAAUCAGCGGCGCGGACCCUGGGAAUGGCUGGAGCGACGACGGAAGCAGCGGCGGCGACAGCGGCGGCAACGGAUGGACUGACGACUCUUCGGAUGGCAGUGGCGGAGGCGACGGGUCGAGCGACGGGUCGAGCGACGGGUCGAGCGACGGGUCUAGCGACUCGUGGAACGGUGGUUCUAGCGAUGGAUCGGGCGACGGGUCGAACGGCGCGGGCGAUUGGUCGGGCGACUGGCCGAGCGACUGGCCGAACGGUGGAACGAGCGGAAGCGGAUGGGGGAACCCGUACCCUGGUUAUGGCUGGGUGGGAUCCACAGAUACGAGUGGCAGCACGGAUGAUAGCAGUGGAGAGGAGGCACAGUACAGCACCUUGACUACAACGGGGGGCGACGACGGCAGCAGCAGCAGCAGCGCCAGUAGCAGCGCGAGCAGCAGCAGCAGUACGACUCUCAGUAGCAGUUUCACGUCUGGAGGAGCAGACGAUUCCGUGGUUCCUCUCUACCCAGACGAGGGCUCAGACUCCUCUCCCCCAGCAAUUGAUGAUUCCGAUCAGGACUCUUCCGCCUCCCCUCCCCCGUCCCGCGAGUCCCCUGGCGCUCCCCUCCCCGCGCCCCCCGGCCAUCCAUCCAACGGCCCCCAACCUCCGAGGAGUCCUGGCCCACCCAACGGCUCGCCUCCUCCUGCGGUUGAGACCCCCGCCGUGCCCCAGCCGCCGCAUGUGCCUGGUGGGCCCACUACCCCUCCUCCCUCUGGCGUUCCCGUUGUUCCCACACCACCCUCUGAUGCACCCACUACCCCUGCUCCUCCUUCUGAUGGGAAUGUCGUUCCUGCUCCCUCUGACGGCUCUACCACCCCCGUUCCUCCUCCUGACGGCUCCGCCACCCCCGUUCCUCCUGACGGCUCCGCCACUCCCAUUCCUCCUGACGGCUCUACUGCUCCCAUUCCUCCUGACGGCUCUACUACUCCCAUUCCUCCUGACGGUGCCACCACCCCUACUCCUACUGACGGUGCUUCCCCUCCGCCAAACAGCCCUGCAACCCCUCCCCCUACUGCCGGCACUACCACCCCUCCUUCAACCUCAACAUGCAUCAUGGACCAAGGAGCCGUGCAGGCAGCACUCUCAUGGGCCUGUGGCGCUGGUGGCGCUGACUGCUCCGCUAUCCAGCCCGGCGGCGCGUGUUACGAGCCAAAUACACUCGCCGCGCACGCGUCUUACGCGUUUAAUAAGUAUUAUCAGCAGCGUGCGCAUGCGCCCGGGACCUGCUUCUUUGGAGGGACAGCUGUGGUGGUGCCGGCUCUGCCUGAUUACGCAACUGAAACUGGAGGCUGCAAGUACCCUGAGGGGAAUUCUCAGUUCUGUGUGGUGGGCUGCAAGUGA